AAGAACAGAUCAGUGUCGUCAAUGUUACUUGCAGGAUGACUUGGCAGGCAUUACCUCCAUUGACAGUAAACAGCGAACAACACUGCGGCUAAAGGAAGGAUUUGGCAGGGAGAGAGAGUUCAGUUUAUUUGAUCAUUUUAUUAGGAAGCACAGAAGCUCCAGUGACAAAUCUUUGCUGUAUGUUCAGAUUAAAACAAAUGAUCCAGGAUUUGGAUGGUCGGGGCCUGUAUGCAUAGCUUCCCUAGGACGUUUUUUCCUGAAAUUUAGAAAGAUAACUAACAAUUUCACAGUACCAGACAGUAACAUGACACAGUUUGCUGCUAUUCAUGUGGUGGAAGAAGGCUCUACUCUUGUCUUACAUUUCUACAAACCCCCAAAUCUGAGUCUUCCAUAUCGAAUCGAGAAUUGUUUGCACGAUUUAUCCAUAACUUACUAUCAAAAGGCUUCGUCAGAGCCCGAGGUUCUUGGAUCUACUACCAGUGCUGAUUAUGUGUGGGAUGAUUUAACUCUUCCUCAUAAACUAGUUGUCCGUAUUAAUGAUCGCCUGCAGUUACGAGAAAUUAAGUUUGAUAAGACAAAAGAUCAAGGGAUCAGAGAGCAACUUUCAAUGGGCUUAAUGGCAUAG